AUGUACAACACUCAUUCCGAUAUUUGGGUCGCAGGCGCAUUUGCCGCACUCAUAGUCGAUUUUAUCGCCUACCCCUUCGACACACUCAAGACCCGUGUCCAAUCCCCAGACUAUGAGAAGGUCUUCAAGAAUGCGCGCACAGGAGCAGUGCGGCGCAAUGUACUCUUCCGAGGAUUAUACCAAGGUGUUUGGAGUGUGGUCUUCACAACAAUUCCAGCUUCUGGCGCAUUCUUUACCACAUACGAAGCUGUGAAGAGCAUUAUGUACAAUUCCUCAAAAGAAGCAUCCACGAGCAUGAACGGUGGCAAGAGAAGCUCACCCGAUGGCUCUUUGAACAGUCUUCGCUUGCCCUUCACACAUUCCCUCCCUACUCCAAUUAUGAAUGCAAUUGCCUCUUCGGCCGGCGAGAUGGUAUCAUGCCUCAUUAUCACGCCCGCGGAGGUACUGAAACAAAACGCACAGAUGGUUCAAGGCUCCCAUGCGGACAAAUCCGCCAUGCGACAAGUAAUCUGGCGAUUCCAACAUCAUCCUUGGCGCCUAUGGAGUGGGUAUACGGCACUGCUUGCUCGGAACCUCCCAAACACAGCUUUACAAUUUCCACUCUUUGAGUAUGUACGAUCACACCUGAUUAACCGACGAAGACGAUUGAAAGCGACUCGGAUGAACACUGGUCAACCACCAUCGGAAAUCAAGGAUCAACUAGUCGAACGGGCCGGCUUGACGGGUAUAGCUGCGGCAAUUUCAGGCACGAUCGCGGCGACAGUUACUACUCCAAUUGACGUUAUCAAGACUCGACUGAUGCUUUCGGCAAGUGAUGCUGCUAGUUCCCAACAUAAAAGUACUCAGGCUGGUACUCGGGGCAAUGAGGCGAUAUCUUCGGAUGUGCGGAAAAAAACUAAACCUGGCAAGACUCUCAUUUCUGUCGGUCGUGAUAUCAUACGAUAUGAGGGUGUCCGUGGUUUGUUCAAGGGCGGACUGAUACGGGCUGGUUGGACGGCGAUUGCACUAGGCCUUUAUCUCAGCCUGUAUGAAGGAGCCCGGUUUUAUCUAGAGAAUCGACGGAAGGAGCGCGAGCAUGUCAGUUAG